AUGAGCGACGAAGAAUACAGCGAAGACGAAUACGUCUCCAGCGAGGGCGAAGGGGCGGAAGGUCGCGAUGUGGAACCGCAGGCGCAGCAGGCGGCACCCGUGCUCGGGCCGAAGGAGUGGGUGGGGCUGAGCUCCAUGCCUGCGGCGACGCAGCAGGCGUUGCUGGAGACGCUCGGGAAGCUGCGAGAGCGAAACGUGAACGAGAUGACGGUGAUUUUCAUCGGUAAACAGGGCGUGGGGAAGUCUUCGACGGUGAACACGCUGCUGAACGAGCGCGUGGCGCCAAGCUCGCCGUUUCAACCGGAAAAUGCGCGUCCGCUCUUGGCGGGACGCGUCGCGGCGGGCUUCACGCUCAACGUCUUGGAUACCCCGGGCUUACUCGACGGUGAUUCAAUCAGCGCGCGGGGGCUUAUGGCACUGCGCGCGGCGCUGAACGGUCGCAAGGUGGACGCUUUCAUCUUCACCGAUCGUUUGGACACGUGGAGAGUGGACAACUCGGACAGGGCGAUUUUCACCGCCUUGGCUGAAAACUUUGGCGCGGAGCUCUGGGAACGCACCGUCCUCGGUUUUUCGCACGCGCAAACGACGCCACCGGACGGUAAACCGUACGAAGAAUUUGUGAACGCGCGCGUGGAGCAGUACCGCAAGGCUAUCCGUCAGACUUUGGGCAUGCCCAACUUGACGCUUCCGUUUGCACUCAUUGAAAACGGUUCGCGUUGCAAGGCGAACGCUGCGGGGGAGAAGGUCGUCAACGAGCGACCGUGGUUGACGGACAUGGUAGGCACGAUGGUGGAAAUGGCAUGCGCGAAGGAAAGCUACGAGUACGAUCACAAGAAGGCUGGCAAGAAGCUUGAUCCGAACAACAAGUACAAGAUUUGGAUGCUUCCGCUCUUCCUCUUCCAGGCGUUUGUUCUGCGACCGCUCAUGAUUGGUCAGAUCAGGCGCGACAUCAGAAAAUCGGAUGAGGACAAAAAGAAGAAGAGUGCCCGUCCUGCCCCGAAGAAGUGA